AUGGGCGCGCGUCUUGGUGUUUAUAACCGCGGUCAUCUCUCUCAUUCACCCCUUCCUCUUGUCGCCCUCGAGCUUCGUUGCCCGGCGCGGCUCUCUCUCUCUGCCUGCAGGCACGCGACGAUGGCGGGAGAGGAUGCCUUCCUGCCGCCCUUCCCACACUUCGCCACGGAUGCGGUGCACGCGGGGCAAGAGCCCGAGCAAUGGAACUCCAUGGCCGUGGUGCCGCCCAUCUCCAUGGCAACCACGUUCAAGCAACGGGGGCCCGGGGAGCACGCGGGUUUUGAGUACAGCAGGAGUGGGAAUCCCACCAGGAACUGCCUGGAGAAGGCCGUGGCCACCCUGGAUGGCGCCAAAUAUGCUAUGGCGUUCUCAUCGGGCCUCGCCGCGACCGUGACAGUCACUCACCUCCUCAAGGCCGGCGACGGCGUCAUCUGCAUGGACGACGUUUACGGAGGUACGAACAGGUAUUACAGGCAAGUUGCCGCUAACCUGGGCAUCCAAGUGUCUUUUGUCGACUGCUCUGACCUCACGGCUUUGGAGGCGGCGAUCAAACCCAAUACACGGAUGGUAUGGGUGGAGAGCCCCACCAACCCCUUGCUCAAGGUGCUCGACAUCCGUGCCUGCGCUGAUGUCGUCCAUGCCAAGGGUGACAUCCUCCUCGUCGUUGACAACACCUUCAUGUCGGCCUACUUCCAGCGCCCCCUGUCGCUGGGUGCUGACCUCUGCAUGUACUCCGCCACCAAGUACAUGAACGGUCACAGUGAUGUGGUGAUGGGCCUCGUCUCUCUCAAUAGAGACGAUGUGUUUGAGAAACUCAAGUUUCUGCAGAAUGCUGUGGGUGCCGUGCCGUCCCCCUUUGACUGCUUCCUCGUGUCUCGGGGGCUCAAGACGCUGCCCGUGCGCAUGAAGCAGCAUUUCCACUCGGCAAAGGCGGUCGCCAUCUUCCUGGAGCAGGAUCCCCGCGUCACCAGGGUCCUAUACCCGGGCCUCCCGUCUCACCCGCAGUACGAAGUGUCACUGAAACAGACGAGCGGUGCCUCGGGGAUGGUGACGUUCUACAUCCGAGGGGGCCUGAAGGAGUCGAAGACAUUCCUGAGUAGCCUCAAGGUAUUCACUCUGGCUGAGAGUCUGGGUGGAUACGAGAGCCUGGCAGAACACCCGGCCCUCAUGACCCACGCGUCUGUCCCCGAUGACGUGCGUGCAACUCUGGGAAUCUCGGACGCGCUGAUCCGUCUAUCCGUGGGGCUCGAAGAGACGGAAGACUUGAUUGCGGACAUUGACAUGGGACUGAGACUCGCGUGUCCGGACAUCCCCGUGCCACCGUACAGCACCAACAAGACAUCAUCUCAUUAACGUCUACCUCGUUACAAUGACCUCAUUAACUUGACCUUGUUAGGAGCCCGUCCACUAAAACUGUUGUGAGUUUGAGUCGAGGCUGUGAAUGUAACAUACAAAUAAACAUGACAAUGGCUUCCAAAGCAAA